GUUUAAUGCUUCUAACAUUCUCAUCUCUUCUCUUCUCUUCGAUUUACGUACCUUCACCACCGCAACGUUUUCCACCUUCUAGAAUCUUCUUCUAUCUCCUUCCGGGUUAUUCCUCAGAUCUGGUUUCUCUUUCACUCUUCUCUGCAUUCUCCUCGUUUCUUCCAUUUCCUCUCUUAAUUUUUUCACUUAAUUUCACUGAUAAUUAGCUCUCAUUCCUUCUGUUUCAUUUAUAUCAUUCAUUCUGAACAGAGAUCGCACCGUCCAGAGUAGUGGAAUCUGUUGAUCUGGUGAACCAUGAAUUCUAGAAGAGACGCCCGGAACAGCAGAGUUGCUCUGUUUGACGGCAUUGAGGAGGGAGGCAUCCGAGCAUCAUCACUUUACUCCUCCUAUAAUGAAAUUGAUGAACAAGAUAACGAGCGAGCAAUGGGUGGAUUGCAAGAUAGAGUCAGUCUGUUGAAAAGAAUCUCAAGUGAUAUACACGAGGAGGUGGAUAGUCAUAACCGGAUGCUGGACCGCAUGGGGAAUGACAUGGAUUCUUCAAGAGGAGUUCUUUCAGGAACUAUGGACAAAUUCAAAAUGGUCUUUGAGAAAAAAUCCAGCCGAAGAACGUUUUCACUUAUAGCAUCCUUUGUUGUGCUUUUCCUUAUAAUAUACUAUUUGACUAGGUAAUUGAUCUAUAUUAGACCCCGUAGAAGGUUUACUUGCUCUAUCACUGUAAUUAAUGUUGCUACUUUUUAAGAUGUUAUUUGUUUGGGUUUUUUUGGACGUUUGAAAAUGGUAUCGAAACAAAUGACAAAUGUGCAUAUCAAUCAAGUUUGUGAAUAUUUCCCUAUUUCAGUGCACCAUACGUUUCUUUUUCUU